AGUAUGAAAUGAUGGCGUUAGUGGCGCAACCAUGAAGUAACCUAACUUACUAUAAACAAAACAUUAUAAGUGCAGUGAUAGACAUUGUACCGUAACUUGUGUGUUCAGAGGUUAAAAUUAUAUUAGGAAAAUAUAAUGUUGAAAUCAAUUUUAGCAGAAGAAUGUACUCGUACCAAAUUAGCACCAUCGUUAGAAAGAAUAUUAAACGAUUUAGACAGAGAAUCCACGCAUCACGAUUAUAUUGUUGCUUUAAUAAUAGUAUUGUUAGCAGAGGCUGGUUUUUAUUUAUCAUCGUCAUAUAGUGACCGGCCACAAUGUCCAAAACUACUCUAUAUACCAAAAAGUUGGAAAUCGCGAGACACGGGAAUAUAUGAAAUGUAUUUUCAACUAGAAAGCGUUCCUGAUAUAGAAUGCAAACUAGUUGUAGUCCCUCUGGGAGACACAUUGAUUUUGAAUUUUUUUCCCCUUAUGGAUGGAAAAACAACUUACAGUAUAAGUGUACAGACUCUGAAGUAUGUUAAUCCUUACUCGAGUGAUCUUUGUGGACGGUACAUGAAUCUUAAAGCAAUAUCUCACAGGUUUAAGGAUCAAUUGUCUACACCAGUGCGUAAAGAUCUAUUUAUCAAAGCUGGUGUGAUGGGUCCUAGUCUUCAAACUAUUCCAAUUGAGUUGAAGUUCAGAAUUUUAAGACUGCUAGAUGCCUAUAGUAUAACAAAGAUGGCACAGUGUUGUAGAGAAUUCCAUGAUAUAUGCUCAGAAUCACAAUUAUGGAAGGAUUUACUAUAUAGAGAUUUUCCAGGAUGUUAUCGUACAGUGUCAAAUGGCAAAGACUGCUAUCGUUUUAGAUUACCACUGAACUGCUGUUCCAAGAAACUAAUUCCCGGAACAUAUCGGAAAAGCUAUUUUGUUGGCCGUAAUUACCGCAAGAAGGUCUCACCACGAAGAGGUGACUACGCAUACGAGACCCACCCUGGACCCCUAAUCCCAUUGAUUGGAAAUUGAAUAUCUUGAAAAAGCUUGUGGCAUUUACACAAGUUUGAGUUUAAUAUGAUAUCUACAGAUAUACGUGAGCAUAAAGAUUGUUCUUAAAAUGUAUUGCACAAAUUCAGACUCUCUAAAAUAUAUAUCCUAUAUACAUAGAUAUGUGUUUAUAUACGUGUAAUAUAUAAUAUAUAUAUAUAUAUAUAUAUAUACAUAAUAUUAUAUCACAUUAUUAACUACAAUUUAAUAUAUAGUUUAUUAAGGAGAGUAGACUAGAGUAUAUAUAUGAGAAUUCUUAAGAACAUUUGUAUUAUAUUUGAAUUUUAAAUAAUUUUAUUCUUUAUGUUCUCAGGAACACGGAAUACUACAGCUUACAGUAGUCGAUUGAAAUCCGCUAAUUGUAAGAAAAAUAAGUGAGAAGCAUGCAUACGAAGGUAGAUUAUUGUGACGUAAACUAUUGAAAAAUAAUAAUUAUCAAGACCUACCCUGCACGAGUGUGAUGACACUCGCUGCAAUGAAUGGCUUUUCAGUUUAAAAUUGAGGUCGCAUUUCAAUUCAGAUUAUCAUAUUUGAAUCUUUAACCAAUCACCGAAGAAACCAAACCAUGCGACUCACCGUCGUAAAAUUGGAAAUUAGUUGCUACAAAUUCUUUGCUUAAGUCUAUGAACGUUGUUUCUUUUGUUCUCAAAUUCUUCUAUCGGUUUUAUAAAGGACACGUUUUGGUGGCAGAAAGGAACAGAACAGAAAGUAAAUUAUUAAAAUAUUAAAUAGUGUUUUGAAAUGUUAUAGAAAUAGAAUAAUUAUUUCAUUAUUAUAAGGAAUUUAUUAAAAUUGUUGAAUAAUGUUUAAAGGUAGUGAAUAAUUAAAUUAAUGAUUUUAUGUUGUUAUAAACGGAUUUUUAAAAUUGUUAAGUAAUGUUUGAAAAUAUUAUUGAAAUAAAAUAAUUUAUUGACAAUGUUAAAUAAUAUUUAGGAAUGUUAUAGAAAUGAAUCCGUGAUUUAAUUGCUAUAAAUAAAGUAUUAUAAAUAUUAGAUAUCGCCCAGCUUACGAUAAUAUAAGUUUCCGUGUUGUCGAUGUGUACGCUGCGAAGGCUCAGGUAGUAGUAACGAUCUCCCCCUGUAGUAUCACUCAAAGUCAUCGUGAAUGUUUGGAGAGAGGGCAAAACUUUUGAUACGUCGAAAUCUGAUUUUCCUAUUAUAACAAUCAAUAAUUUUUAGAUUAUUACUGCACAUUUAUACUUUCGGCAAUUUAUUAUAAUAAUUAACAUUAUAAUUCACAUAUUUAUUGCAAGUUACAAUUACAUUUAAAGUUUCAUGUCAUUAGUUUUUCAUCUGUAAUUAUAUUAAUAUUAUAUUAAAUGCUAGUUUAUGAUGGAAAUAAUUAUGUUAUAAAAAUGAAGUUGACCAGUUAUCGUCAAUCAUGCAAUGGGCACGGUAAAUGUACAUAUAGGUGGGGCAGAUAAAAUUAUUACAAGUUGUUUUCUCCGAAGCUAUCAUAUCAACUUGAAAUUUUUUGGUGUUAAAUAGUAUAGAGGGAUUAACACCUUAGGCUGUAAGAUAUUGUGCUGGUGAGUUUUUUGGGAAUGAAAGGGAUGUUACCCCUUUUUUUUUUUUUUUUUUUUUUAAUAGGUUGACAUUAAUUUAUCGAUGUUCGUACAGAUGUUAUCAAAUCUAACAACUUUUACCUAAGGUAUUUUUUUUUUUUUAUUUUACAUAGUUAAAGAGUUAUAGCGGAAAAUACCUCACGUAAGGAGAGUUUCGUGGCGAUGUGAAAAGAAAUAUAUCAUGCUUUGAAAACACGCAUUUAUUCUUGUGAUAAUAGCUUUGCCAAUAUUUGAUAACAUUAUUGGAAUUAUAGAUUUACAUGCGGUCUGAAUUUAUCUUUUAAUUUCUUUUCUCAUAGUCAGUGUCGUUGUAAUCACUUUUUCCUUUAAAUAGCUCAAUAAAAAAUAAUCAACUGACGUUAAAUUAGGUGACCUAUUUGAGAAAUAAUUUUCAAAGCAGAAUAAAUUUUUUUUAAUGUUUUCCGACACCUUCGUGGAAUUUUCGUUGCAUAAGAUAUUUUCUUGUAUAAGAUAAAAAGAAAUGGGGAUAGUACAUAUUUCUGUCUUAAGAAAGUCACCAUCACAAUAUCUUAUACUGUGAGAUGCUAGCCUCUUUGUACCAUUUAACGUUUGAAAACUUCAAGUUGAUAUCUGUAAUGGUUUCGGGGAAAAUAGCCUAUACCUAACACUUUAUCUGUUCCACACUGUAUAAAAAUUCUACUCGGUAUGAAAUAAAAAUUGCAAUACUACAUUUUCUAAAGGGGAAAGAAUUGAUAUAUUAUUUAAAUUUUAGAUUUUUGGAUUUUUCAGAGUGUUACUAUAAACUUCGAAUUUUUAUUAUUUAUCAUAAUACUUUAUAUCAAUUUAUAAAGUUUUUAACUUAUUUAAGCGUAUACCGUCGUCCAACAAUUAUGUAGUAAAUAUGUAUAUGAAUCUACUAUGUUUACACGAAUAUAAUUCUGCUUUAUGUCAUAUAAGACUACGUUAAAGCAUUACUUUACUUUAAUUAUUAAUUUAUCUUCUCAUGUUGAUUUAUUUAACAAGAUCGGAACAUUAUAUCUAUUACUGACUCUAAUCGUAAGCAAGAAAAAUAGGUAAAUACAAUACGUUAUAAGCAUGGUAACUUCUAUUGAAAAUUAUCUUUUUAUCAACCGCUCUCCAUUCAGUUUGUAUAACGAUGAACAGAAAUGCUAUAGACAUACAACAUUCUUUAUUUUCUAAUUACGAAGUGUCCUGUUCUAUAAUGUAUUUAUAAUUUCAUAGAAAAAUUAGGUUUUGAUUCGAACCAUUACUAUACUUAAUUGAUAAUGUCGUGUGCGACACGAAAAUGAUAAGAAAUCAGGUGAUCCUGAAACGUGAAAUAGAAAAAAGCAUUGUCAGAUUUAUUCUCAUCUGUACUAAUACACAUGUAGUUCACUUAUUAGUUAAUAACUGAAAUCAAGUCUAGAUUCCAGAUCACCUGGAAACCUCGACAAGAAUUUUGAAUGGUCUAGACUACACUGUGGAAAGCGUGAAAUCGGUAAUCUCUGACACAUACUUUAUCGAUGAUACACAAAGAAGUGUUAAUCAAAUAAAAUUAUGUAUAUAGAAGAUUUUUCUUAAAUAAAUAUUUUUGAAGAUCCAGUAUAAA